GCGAUGCUCGUCGAGGCGGGCGUCGGCCGCGCCGACGUGCGCAUGGCGCAGUGCGGCGGGUUCUGCGAGCUGGCGUUUGGCUGCGAGGCGGCGGCGGUGCACGCCGCUCAGCUGCUCGAUCGGCGGGCGUGGCAGGGUGGACGCCUGCUCGCGCUGCCCCUCCCCGAGGCUUGCGCAAAGCUCGAAGUGCACCGCCGACUCAAGGCGCUCUUCCGCCGCCUCUCCUCGGGAGGCGCCGGCGGGCGCACGCGCGACUACUCCCCCUUCAUGUCCGACAAGUGGCGGCAGCGAAACGCCCACCCGCUCCACCUCUCCGUUGCCGGCAGCUCCUCCAUUCAGGGAGACUUGCGCGGAGGUCGCCAUGGCGCCGGCGCCGCCGGCGGUGCCCGAAGAUGGCAGUGCGACGAUUGGGUCGUCGUCGAGCUCAGCGCGGCUGAGUUUGGGGCACAGCAGGUGCGGCGCAUCAUCGGCGCGGUUGUCGCCGCCGCGAGGGGCAGCAGCAGCGAGCAAGGCGCGGGCGCGUCGCUGGAGAAGCACUUUGGGGGCGACGCACUGCCGCCCCUCGCGCCAGUCGAGCCCCUGUGGCUGCAUAGCCUUACCCUUGUCGAUGGCACCAGUCUGACCGCCAGCGAGCAGUUGGACGGCGAGGUGCCGGCGCAGCGAACUGACGCGGAGACAGCCAUCGAGCACGCGGUGAUCCGCACGGCUCAGACCCCCAUCGACGAGUUCGUUCGCGCUCUCGACGCUGACGUCUCGUUGUCCGGUGCCACUGCGGAUGAUGGGCAUGGAAGCGCAGCCGGAGAGGGUGAAGGUGUUUACGAGAGGAUGCGUGUGCGCGAGGGUCUCGCCACGCUGUCGCUGACGCCCCCAGGGCCCCGUGUUUCACGCUAA